UGGGCACAAAAGAUAAGCUACAAGUUGAAUAAUACCCAAUAGUUGAUGAUAAGGGAUUAAGGGACCAAACCAGUGUCCACAUCCUUACAACUUUCCUCAGAUUUUCUAACAGAGAAAAAAAACCAUCAAAAACAAUGGCAGCUAAACUUCUCUUAAACCACUACCAUCUAAAACCCACAACUUCUAUACCAUCAUCAUCACUCUCAAAACAUCAACCACAUCAUGGAACUCUAAGCUUCAAUCUACAUCAAAAUAAGAGGCGAUUUCCAGUAAUGACAGUUUCUGCAGCAAUUCAGCCACUUGAUAUGACAGAGGAGAACAUCGAGAAAGUUCUGGGUGAUGCUAAGAUCGAGUUGGCUCAGUUGUUUGACAAGGAAGUGGGUAUAACAGGACAAGUUGAACUUGCAGAGCUUGAUGGACCAUUUGUUAAGAUUAGAUUAAGAGGGAAGUUUUGGCAUAAGAGAAGUACAGUUGUUGCUAGGCUUGAAAAUUACUUGAAACAGAGGAUUCCUGAGAUUUUGGAGGUUGAUAUUGAAGAUGAGAAGAUGUUGGAUGAUAGUCCUGCCAAUUUCUGAUGUAGUAGUAAUUCAGCUUUUUACAGAAUGUUUGUUUGUGCAGUGUACAUUAUCCAUGGUUUUCUGGUUCUUUUGUCUAGGUUUUUCGAUUAAAAGUUUAGGCGACUAUGUGAUAGUUGCCAUUACAAUUGCUACUGUAAGAACAGAUUGAUUAAAGGGUAGUUUUUGGAAUAAAAGAUCCUAUUAUCAGUUUGAAAUGAUAUAGAGUACUGUAUUAAUUUUCAUCUGAA